AUGGUAGCUAAUACUGAUACUACAUUAAAUAAUAUAUCUUUAUCGGCAAAUAAUUAUUUUAUAUCACCAUCAAUAAAAAUGACUUUACCUCCACAUUUACUUCGUUCAAUUGAUUUUUGGACAAAAGAAGAUGUACAAAAAUGGAUUGAAUAUUGUAUUGAUGAAUAUGCUUUAGGAGAUAUUGAUGUGAAUGAUUUUGAAAUGAAUGGUAAAGCAUUAGCAUUAUUAAGUGAAGAUGGUUUUAAAAAACGUUCAUUACGAUCUGGAGAUAUUCUAUAUCAAGCUCUUCAACAACAUAAUGCUAUAAUUAAAUCAAUAAAUUGCCAAAAUUUUUCAUAUCAAUUAUGGAAUAAUUUCGGUCUUUUUCCACCGUCAUCUAUGCGUCAUUUUAAUAUGCCAUAUCCACCUCUUCCACCACCACCAGCAACUAUACCUUAUGUACAUUCAGCAUUUAAUUAUUUAUCUAAUCGUUCUGAAACAGACUUUAUUGAUUCUCAACAAUCGAUACGAACUCGACAGACAUCCAAUUCUUCGUCAUCAUCAGUUAUAAAAUCUUUAGAAAAAAAUGAUAUUCAUCUUCCAUUAUCAUCUGUUAAACAAGAAUACAUUCAUAAUGAAGAUAUUGAUACUGAACAACAAGAAACAAUGUCAAUUCCACAUAUACUAACAUCAAAUUCACCAAAUAUUAAUGAAUCUCUAUUGAGAAAGGUUCCUUCCGGAAUAUAUUCAAGAAUAAAACAACAAGUCAAUGAUGUCGGACAUCUAGAUGGAAAUGAUAAAACUAGACAAAUACGUUAUUAUCAUGAUCGAAUUGAUUUUCAUGGUGAUAUACUAAUGAAACCGAAAGCAGCAAAAAAUUGUCGAAUUCUAUGGGAAUUUAUAUAUAUUUUACUUGAAGAUCCACUUUAUGAAUCAAUAAUUCAUUGGGAAAAUCGUGAAAAAAUGAUAUUUCGAAUAAAUCAAGCUGAUAAAUUAGCUGCACUUUGGGGUCUUCAAAAGAAUCGCUUAUCAAUGACAUAUGAAAAAUUAUCACGUGGAAUGCGUUAUUAUUAUUCAAAUAAUAUUAUAUCAAAAGAACAAUCGAAACGUUUAUUAUAUCGUUUUAUGCGUUCACCGGAUGAAAUUCGAAAAAAUAUGAAACGUCAUGGUUCAACAGCAACAACAACACCCGCAACAAAUAUGUUAUAUCCAAUAAUAAAUAAAAAAUCUUCAGCAUCAUCAUCGUCAUCAUCACCACCUAAUACAAAUCUUCAUAGUCAAGAAUUAUCUUCAUCUCAAUUACAAAAUCAAUUUCUACAAUUUUUACCAGCGUAUUCAUCAAUGAUAUCAAAUUUAAAUUCCGCAAAUAAUUUAUUAUUUCCUACACGUGAUAAUUCUAUAUCUAAAAGUGAUCGAGCUAGUUCAUCAUCACCAGAAUCAUUAGAUAGUAAUCAUGAUAGUGAAAAACAAUAUUGUAGUUCAUUACAAUCAUGUUCGUCAGCAACGAAACGUAAACAAAAUAUUCCAAUAUCACUAACGACACGUCUAUUGCAUAGUUAUCCAUUUGAUCAACCACUUAAUUUAGCUGUUUGUAAAGAAGAAGAAAAUGUUUACAAUUAUAAGAACUAA